ACGACCGACUCGUCGGUCUGUCGAUUUUCGUAUCCUCAAAUGCCCACCGGCCUUUACGCAGGGCCCACGUGCCUUUAAUUUUAUAUUAGUUUAUUUAUUAUAUAUCAAUAUUAUUGUGCCGCCUCUCGUAUAAGUGAUUAGUGACUAAGCAGUUCAAUAGAAUAAUCAGCCAAAAUGCCCCGGUUCAAGACAAUUCUGGUGACGGGAGGCGCGGGCUACAUAGGCAGCCACUGCGUGGUGGACCUCUUGGAGGCUGGCUAUGAUGUAGUCGCUAUAGACAACUUUGCCAACGCUGUAGGUGACGAUGAAGGUUCGCCAGCGCUGAGACGAGCUGAAGAAAUAACGGGGAAGAAGAUCGCUUUCUACAAAGCCGAUCUAUUGGACAAGCCACAGAUUAAUACAAUAUUUGAUAAACACAAAGUAGACUGUGUGAUCCACUUCGCUGCGCUGAAAGCGGUCGGCGAGUCCAUGCAACAGCCUCUGCUGUACUAUCAGAACAACUUGCUAGGCAUGCUCAACUUAUUGGAGAUAAUGCAAUCUCACAACUGCUACCAGCUGGUAUUCUCCUCAUCCUGCACAGUGUACGGCGAGCCUGAGAGUCAGCCCAUAACGGAGACUCAUGCUACAGGGAACAUCACUAAUGUCUACGGCAGAACCAAGUACUUCAUAGAGGAAAUGCUUAAAGACCUGAGCAUGGCUGAGAAGAAAUGGAACAUAAUCUCCUUACGGUAUUUCAAUCCAGUGGGCGCACACCCAUCCGGGCUGAUCGGAGAAGACCCUACAAAAGAAUUCACUAACCUCAUGCCAUUUAUGGCACAAGUGGCGCUGGGCAAGAAACCUGUGCUGACUGUCUUUGGCAACGACUACAACACUCCCGAUGGCACUGGCAUAAGAGACUAUAUCCACGUCAUGGACCUAGCGAGCGGUCACGUGGCAGCGCUGAACUUGAUCAGUCAAAGUCAUGUUGGACUAAAGGUGUAUAACCUAGGCACCGGGCGGGGGGUGUCAGUGAAGGAGUUGGUGGGAGUGUUCGAGCGCGUGACCGGCACCAAAAUCCCGCUGCAGUACGUGGCGCGGAGGCUGGGCGACAUCACGGCUAUGUGGGCUGACGCUUCGCUGGCCAACACCGAGCUUGGCUGGGCCACGAAGUACAGCAUUGAGGAGAUGUGUGCGGACUUCUGGCGGUGGCAGACGAUGAACCCCGACGGCUAUCCCAAGAAGAAUAUCAAAACCAGUGUCAUAGUCAACGGAAAGAGUUGAUGAGACGAACUUAGUAUAUGUAAAAUUAAAUAUAUCAAAACA